ACUUGACGUCCACUGGAGUCAGACGUUUUCUCGUGGAAAACCAUUUCCACCGAUUCGAAUCAUUCGUUCCUACUGAGUUUGGUCGGUUGUGUCGGCUUGGCGGUUUCAUUAUGACAUGUAAAUAAUAAAACUAAUGUCAGACGGUUGAAUGUGGUGGAUAUUUUAUUAUAGCCAGGUGCUUCAACAGAUUACAAGAGAUUAAUAGAAUGAGAGCAUCCAGUGCUCGUGGGAUGCUAAUGAUUUUACGGUGGUUAUAUGAAUAGAUUCUCAUUUUUUCCGGAGUUAGUGAUCUUGAAAAUGAUUAUCCAUACAUCAUUGGAUAAUUGAUAUAUUAAGAUUUACUUGUACAGUAAGCAAGUGCGUGAUUUAUUAUUUUUAAAGUGUUGAUAACAUAUACGUGAGCAAAAUUUAAGUGAGCUGUUGCAGCUGUUGAGUGAAAUGUGAUUUGAAGGUAUAUAAAAAUGAAAGCCGCGUAAAAGCAUUUUUUGCGUUUCGCUAUUUUUAAAUUAGAAAAGAAUUUGAUUCGUGAAUAUCGUUCAAAUUUCCUUGUAAACAAAUCGAGAGUGAAAAUCGUUACAGCUGGAUAACAUUAAUUUGAGCUACAAAAGCGGCAUAGGAAAUGGAAAAAGAUUCAACGACGCCAUAUAGCAGGUCGUGCGGUUAAUUGAUGGCGAAACCUUCAUUGCCACCUUAAACCGGGCAUUCAAUCACGUUUUCUUGACGGCCCAAGUUCGUUAAGCAAAAAAAGGAAUAAAGAAAAACGAUUACCAACUGUGGCAUGAUUUUGAACCCGCUGACAUCCUACACAAUAAAAAAGACGGCCAUACACGUGACACUUUCCGACAGAUGCAAUCUAAACCACUGGUUCAAGUGAAUACUGUAGAAUGAAGCAAAGGAGGAUUGUAGUAUAAGAAGCAAAAAAAAGACAAUAAUGUAAUUGAAUUCAACGAGAGAACUCUAGUGCUGAUACUUACACGCUCAAAAAAGCGUUCUGGAAAACGUGAACUGUCAAAAAUACACCGUGAACUACCAUGAUUGGUCUCGUAUACAUGAUCUAGUUCACGGUGUAUUUUUGCUUGUUGACGAGUUCACGCCUGCUGUUCACGGAUACGAGAACGGAUUUUUUUCUGUGUAUGGUACAACAACGGCACUAUGUUAGAAGAAAAAAUGAACGUGACAGAAAUAGGUCAGCUAGUGAUGAACGAUUCUGAUGCAUCCAGUGGAGGCACGGCCCAAAACUCCACAGUUCGUGAACUUCUUUACUGUGGCCAAGGACUGGACGAUUUCCACACCAGCUACUCCAACAUCCACGGAAUCGUGUGUCUUCUAGUGUGCAUAUUCGGAAGCAUUGCAAACACCCUGAACAUCGUAGUGCUAACAAGGCGAGAAAUGCGUUCACCCACAAAUGCUAUUCUCACUGGUUUGGCCAUCGCCGAUCUACUUGUAAUGCUAGACUAUAUGCCUUACGCAAUUUACAUGAGUCCAUAUAUGCAAUUUUCCAGAGAGGAAAGGCUGACCUACAGUUGGAGUUGGUAUGUCAUGUUUCACUCAAUAUUUGCACAGAUUUGUCAUACCAUCUCAAUCUGGUUGACGGUGACUUUGGCCGUGUGGCGUUACAUUGCAGUAGCAUAUCCGCAGAAAAAUCGCAUAUGGUGUGGGAUGGCCAACACAUUAUUAGCAAUCACAAGUUCCUACAUAGUAUGUCCCAUGGUGGGCAUUCCACUGUACCUGUCAUUCAGCAUAAAACCACAUGUUGAACAACUCGGAAGUGACGGUAAUCCCUACAAAUUGACCACAAAUGGUUCAGCUCGGAAUAUCACUCUCUACCGGACGUCACCCUCGGAACUGGCCGAAAAUAACCCAGCAUUGCUGAAUGUAAAUUUCUGGAUUUAUAGCGUAGUGAUAAAAUUGAUUCCGUGUAUAGCGUUGACGAUACUGAGCCUUCGUUUAAUUGCUGCCUUGCUGGAAGCAAAACGUCGACGGAAGCAACUAACCGGAAACUCGAAAGGCAUGAAACAAAUUGUGGACGGACGAGUCGUUGACGUGCAGCAAAAGAAAAGCUCCAAAAACAUGGAUAAGGAAAAGCAAACAGAUCGCACAACUCGGAUGCUGUUGGCUGUGCUGCUUCUGUUUCUCAUAACAGAAUUCCCACAAGGCAUCCUGGGGCUGCUAAGUGCACUGUUAGGAAAGGACUUUUUUUACAACUGCUAUUUGAAACUAGGAGACCUGAUGGACGUGCUUGCCUUGAUAAAUUCUGCCAUUAACUUUAUUUUGUACUGCUCGAUGAGUCGCCAAUUUCGAAAUACUUUUAAUUACCUGUUCCGUCCAAAAUUUCUCGACAAGUGGCUUCCGGUGCCCCAGAAUGAUGACGAAACUCCAGGAGGUCGCCGAAAUCAAGAAGGAGCCACUACGCAAAUUACUCAAGUCUAGCAAUCGAGGGGACGCCCUAAUUACCGUCAUUGUUGUUCUGUGCUGAUAUCAAGAGUAUUCAAUUGGCUUAUGCUCGGAAAUCGGCGCACUGCUACAGCUUCAACAGAAUGUGCGGUGCUUUAGUGACGUCUCCCGACAACCAACGAAAACGUCGGUAUUCCAACGAUAAUUGCGGCUUUAUUAGUACAAAUAACUACGAUGACGACAUACGUACACUGUCAGAUUUAAAUCAAAUGGAACCUGGAACAAUGCAUCGAAAGGAGCUCAUAAGUCUGUGAAAUAUAACUUGUUGAUUUGAUUUUAUGAAAAAAAGUGACCAUUUUAACAGAUAAUUGUAGAAAUAAAAAUGAAGUGCUCCUAUGUGCAGUAACACUAUAGUUUUCGAUAAUCCACAGAUAUGGAUCAGUGUAAUAUUAAUCAGAGAGUUUAUUAUCACAUUGUUUUGCCAUUAUGUGAAAGAUAUUAUGAAUGAAGUAAUAAUCACAGCAAAUUUAUACAUUUUCCGUCACCCAGAAAAAAAUCCUAGAAGCGUUUAAUUUAAUUUGCCUGGGAACUAUAUCUUGAGCUCUGGUUUGAAAAUACUGUUUGUUGCAAGUGAUGAAAUUCGUAAUCGACAGUUUGAUAAGUGGAAUUUUUCAAAAAUACCUCAAGAUUUGUGCAGAACUUUAACAUUGGUUGACAUUCAUUUUUGAGCUUUGUUAGAUGAAGUGUUUUGGAAUAUUCGUUAUUUUUUUCUUUGAUUAUAAUAACUAUAAUCCAAGAAAAAAGCGCAAAACCGCAUGUUUUCAUUGAUGCACAAUGAAUACUUGCUACCACCGUGCUGUUUCGAUCAUAUGGUUGAUUAAUAUAUUUUUGUCUUCAAUACUUCACUGCUCAAAAUAUGUGGAACAGUUAUAUUUUAAAACUUUCUUUGAAAUUCAUACUGUUUUGAAAACGAUUGUGGAUUCUGAGCAAAAUUCUAUUUAUACCAGUCUAGUCAGUGUCAUUAAUAGUCAGGAUAAGUGAGUGUAGCGUCAUCAUGAUUUCCAAAAUAACAUCUAACAUAUUAAUUUUCACAUGGUUCAUAUUUGUGGGCUAAAUGUAGGCUGUCAUAUCCAAAAUUUUAUUGUUUUUUUAAUAAUGUGUUGUGCUACAAAUGGUCUUCGCUAAUAGAAAUAAACAUUGUUCAACAAUCAAAACUCAAUUUGAUACAUUUGAAAAAUGUUUAAUUUUAUUACACCAUCUUAUUCUCCAAUGUGAAACUCAUUUCUGUGAAUUAUAUGUCUAUAGUGAUUUCCGAUUGGAUUGGAGCACUUUCUUUUUGUGAUACAUUGCCGUGUUUUGUGAGCUAUAUGAGAAGGCAAACAAUUUAGUUGAUUUAAUCUUGAAAUUUUAAAAACAUUAUGUAUUACUAAAUUAUUCAUGUUGAUACAUGUUGACAAAAAAAAUAAAGCCAAUGCAAUGAAUAAUCGAGCCCCAUUCAUUGCAGUUAAACCAUUUCGCAUCCAAAUUUGAGGUAGAUAUGUUAUAUGUAUAAAUCAAAAUUUUAUACCUUUGAAUUCUAUAUUGUGUCUAAUUAACGAUCUGUCUUUCAAAAGGUAUAGUCAAGGAAGCUAAUUCUAAAUGUUAUGUUAUAAUUCGAAAUGCUUUAU